CCCAUUGGCGCUGGCAUUCACAUCCGGGUCUUUCCCUGCCUGUUGCUGCCCUCCCCCUGCAAGAUGGCGGAGCUGAACCGGCAGUUACAGGAGUACCUGGCUCAGUCUAAGAAUGGCAGCGGCCCCGGCCCCGGCCCAGCGGCCCCGAGCUCCUCGCGGCCGACGCCAGAUGCAGCCGACGCCGGAGGGAGGACGUGGCUUGGCCGGCUGAGCCCCUUCUCAGGCCGUUCCUCCUCUUCCUCGUGCCCGGCGGCCGGCUCGUGGCCCUGGGCGGCCGAGCCGGACCCCUGGCUGCCGGGGCUGUCGCGCUGGCAGCGGCUGGUGGGGAGCGCGCUGUGCCUGUUGCUGGCCGCGCUCUGCUUCGGCCUGGCCGCGCUCUACGCGCCGCUGCUGCUGCUCCGCGCCCGCAAGUUCGCGCUGCUCUGGUCGCUGGGCUCGGCCUUUGCGCUGGGCGCCGCCGGCUUCCUGCGGGGGCCGAGCCGCCUCCUGCGGGAGCCCAGCCGCGGCACCGUGCUCUACCUCAGCGCCCUGGCCGGCACCCUGUACGCCGCGCUCGGCCUGCGCAGCACCCUGCUCACCGCGCUCGGAGCCGCCGCCCAGCUCGCCGCCAUCGCCGGCUGCCUGCUCGCCCUGCUGCCCGGGGGCCCUACCGGCCUGCGCUACCUCGGCGGCCUCCUGGGCGGCUUCGUGCGCCGCCGCGUCUCCAAAACCCUGCCCGUGUGAGGGCGCGGGACGGCGUGCGCCGAGCAGACCCGGAUGGGGGCUGAGAACAGCGGUCCCCACCCCACCCCCAGGACGGAUCUUUGCUGCUGUCCCAUGAGGCCGAUCCCCCAUCCCUGCCGGGCGGACGCGGAGGACACGGCUCUCUGUCUGAGCAACCGCCUUUCUGAAUACAGGGCCACAGGCCAUCAGCAUCACGGCCCUCUAGUGCGGCUCGCACGGCUGCCUCCGCGGGGUAUGCGGCUCGGAGGCCGCAGCGGGGCGUGGGUUUCCUGCUGCUCGGGGGUAGGGGGUGACUGAGCGACAAAGCCAGUGCGGGUUUCCCCCCUUCCCACGGUCCUAUUGAAGGCAAGUUCUUCCUGCACAACCGGUGCGCUGUGAUGAGGCACUUGGGAGCUGCGCUCUGUUCGUGCGCCUCCUGGGGACGGGGACCUGUACAAAGACACUUGGCUCGGCUGUAAGUCGGCAGAAGUUACUUGGGAAAGUUCAGGAAAAACUAAUCAAACUUGACAGUUAAUGUGGACAACAGGAGCAAAACCGACCAAAGGAGGGAAGAGUUUUGCUUCUCCAAGGACCAGUGUUGAUGGAGCUGUGGAACAUUUUCUUCUCCCUACCUUUGAACAGUGCAACUAAAAUCUUAAAGCUGCAUCUAUGACUAUACAUUGUUGUUCUUUUACCGUAUUCACGUGUAACAUUUUUGUGUGCCAUCAUUCCCAGUCCUAUCUCAGUAUAUGCUUUGCCUGAUCAGUGCAAAAUGAGCUUUGUAGUAAUAUCCUGGAGUCUGUGUCCUGUUCUGGGUGGUAGAUGACAGGAUUACCAGAUUCCUAUAUCAAGUGUAGGAUCACAUGGCUGAUACUUACUUACUUUGAAGUGGCCUGUAAGAAUACAGAGCCAAGCAUAUUGUUGAUACUAAACUCUACCCAUAGUAUAAUGCUUUGUUGUACUCCUGAGCCUUGCAGGAUUCACUCCAGCUUGAGAUGUGCUGAUACCAGGUGCCUCAUAGGAAAAUCUGUUUAUAGAUAUCCAUGAAACUUCAAAAAAAAGUUGGGUGUAUAUAGAGAGCUCCUGUUUUUGGAGUUUGUUUUUGGAUGUUUAUUUUUAACAAUUUUGAGUUCUAGGUAGAUGUCCAAAAAUUUGAGGUGGGGGUUGGACCAAAAGUUGGUCCUUCUUUGUAUACUGUAAUGAGUAAUCUCUUUAUUUUUCUUAGUGUGCUUUAAUGUAAUACUAUUUCAGAUAGUGCUACUUAAAGUGCACUAAGGAACCUUUUAUGCACCCUAGCAGGGUCUGUGUGGACCUAUUAAUACACAACAUAUGUACUUUAGAAAUCACACACCCGUAGUCUGCAUUACUGCUGUGUUGAUCAGCCCUUAGACACAAGUUAACCAUAUCCAGUAUUGAUUGGAUAAAUACUGUUUCUCUUUUUGGAGCAGGGGUUUUAUUGGUUAAAACCUAAAAUCAGCUCUAGAUACAUAUUACGAGAGAUGUUGUUUCAUGACAUCUUUAUAUCAGAUUACAAUUGUAAAGAGUCAAAAAUGUAGUGAUCAGCUGUAAUUGCAACCAUCUUUGAUUGGCUUAUAGGGUAGUCCAGUGAAUGUUGACAUACCCAUUCCAUUUAACUGUCUUUUAAAAAAAAAAAAUAAAUAAACCAUCCCUGACCUUCACUGUAUUGAAAACAACAUGAGCAUUGGCCUGCUAAACCCAGGAUUGUGAGUUCAAUCCUUGAGGGGGCUAUUUAGGGAUCUGGGGCAAAAAUCUGUCUGAGGAUUGGUCCUGCUUUGAGCAGAGGGUUGGACAAGAUGACCUCGUGAGGUUCCUUCCAACCCUGAUAUUCUAUGAACAUUCUUUAACAAGCACCAUUCAUAGAGGUGAUGGAUCACAAAGUCAUAUCCUUGGACAAGCAGGGGCAUACCUCUUUUACGUAGGGAAUCACAAAAAAAGUGAAAGCCUAUCAUAGAGACCAUUUAGUUCUUUGCAGUAAUACUGCCAGAAUGGUGCUACAGAAGCUUUUGCCUCCAGAGCUGCAGAGUCAGUUCCUGAAGUCCUUGUCCAUUGGUUCUAGGAGUCGGGCAGGCACUGCUUAUUUAGCAGUGAUGCUUGUAGCCUGACCUUGAGAAAUAGAUGGGCUAGUAGAGGCUGGGCAUAUUGCAAAAAAACAUACCUGAGUAUUCUUAUAAGAUACUCUCUUCUUAAGUAGCAUCUGAAUCUACUCAUUUAAUAUUUGCACAGAACUACAGUAAACAAAUGCUUAACUUUAUAAAUUGUACAUCUAUUUUAAUAAAAUAUUUUUAUACUAAAGUGUUAAUCUAGA